GAGAGAACACUUUGACAUACAGCAAUGAAAAACUAUAGUGCUAUUAGUGAGUUCAUUCUCUUUGGACUGUCUACUGACUGCCACAUUCAGGCUGUCCUAUUUGUGCUAUUCCUUCUUGUUUACCUCCUCACUCUAACAGGGAACUUCUUAAUGCUGCUGCUGAUCAGGGCUGAUUCUCACCUCCACACACCCAUGUACUUCUUUUUAAAACAACUGUUCUUCCUGGACCUCUGCCACUCCUCUGUCACAGUACCCAAGAUGCUGGAGAAUCUACUUUCUGAAAGCAAAACCAUCUUUGUACAGGGCUGCCUGGCUCAGGCCUUCUUUGUGUUUGCCACAGGGGGCACUGAGGCCUGUCUGUUGGCAGUGAUGGCCUAUGACCGCUAUGUGGCCAUCAGCUCCCCUCUGCUCUAUGGUCAGGUGAUGAGUAAACAGUUGUGUGUUGGGCUGGUAUGGGGUUCCUGCGGCCUGGCCUUUGCCGAAGCUGUUAUCAAUACUCUCCUGGCUGUCAAGUCAGACUUUUGUGAGGGCCAGACUAUCCCCCACUUUAUCUGUGAGCUGUCUUCUGUCUUCCUUCUGUCUUGCUAUAAUACCUCUAUCAACUUUAUGCUACUGCUCUGCUCCUCUAUCCUGCAUUUCUUUGGAACGUUCAUAAUGAUUGUUUCCUCCUAUGCGUGCAUCAUCUCCACCAUUAUGAGCAUCACUUCCACCUCCAGCCAAAGCAAGGCCUUCUCCACCUGCUCCUCCCACCUCACUACUGUGAUAUUUUUCUAUGGCUCAGGUUUCAUCAGCUAUCUCUUGCCAACCUCAGGUUCCCCCCUGGAGAUAAUCUUUCCUUUGCAAAACAGUGUAAUCACACCUAUGCUGAAUCCCCUCAUCUACAGCCUCCAGAACAAGGAGGUGAAGGCAGCCAUGGGAAGAAUGUUCAGAAAAUAUUUUCGUCCUCUCAUGUAACAGACACAAAUCAGGAUGAAAGAGAAACUGGGCCGUUCUAAUACAAGAUACCAGGUAACUGGCCUUUAAAGAGAAUUCCUUGACUGUCCAUGAUGCUAGAUGCCAUAGGGAACAUGGUGGUAUUUACUUCCUUGGAAAUCCUU